ACAAAACUUAAUGGUUUGAUUACAUUAAGAAAGAGUGGUGGUUACAAGAUACAGCAAUGCAGAGAAACAAAGACAAUAUGUGACAGUGAAAAACAAGUCUGUCAAAACGUGCAGCAAUUAAAUACUACUGCCAAUAAUAAAGGCCAUCAUUUUGGUGAUAGAUACUGAUCAUUCAGGAGUCAGCACAGGCAGAGGCAGAGAGAAGAAUAGACUUAAAUCCUUGGAGUUUCAUAUAUCACUGUCUGGGCUUCAGUUGUAUGGUGGUUUUGAAGAUUGUGACAGAGAUGGGGAAGACUGGCAAGUGGAUAAGAAACUUCUUAACGGGAAAGAAGGAUAAAGAGAGAGAGAAAGACAAGGAGAAGGUGAAGAAUACGGGCAAUCUUCAGCCGCCUUCAAUUUCCGCUGAACAGAUUCCGACAACACCAAUAACAAUCCCACCGACGACUCCCAAAGAAAAGAGAAGAUGGAGUUUUCGAAGGUCAUCAGCCACUGCACCAGGCCAGAAGGACUCCAAUUCAACGGAUAUGAUGGCCACAACACCACCAUCUCAACAGGCAUUCCUGGAAGCAGACGCUGAUCAGAACAAACAUGCCUUGGCAGUCGCAGUUGCCACGGCCGCAGCUGCUGAUGCAGCAGCUGCAGCGGCAAAGGUUGCUGCCGCUGUGAUUCAAUUGACUGCUGCGGCAUCGGGGAGAACCUCUGCAAUUGAAGAGGCUGCAGCCAUCAAGAUUCAAUCUGUCUUUCGAGCUUAUUUGGCAAGAAAAGCUUUAAAUGCAUUGAAAGGAUUGGUGAAGUUGCAAGCAUUGGCGAGGGGACAUUUGGUGAGAAAACAGGCAACGGCUACCCUCAGGUGCAUGCAAGCUUUGGUCACUGUUCAGGCUAGAGCUCGAGCUCAAAGGAUCCAAAUGGCUCAGGAAUCAAAACCCAACAAUCUGAAGCAAUUUCAUCAUAGAAAAUCCACGCAGGAAAAUAGAUUCAGUCAAUCAUAUCAAGAUUUUGAAAAAGGAAUGGAAGAGAACAUAAAAAUUGUGGAGAUGGAUAUUGGUGACUCAAAGGGAAGCACAAAAAGUAGGAAUAGUUAUUCAAACAAUGGGCAGACAGAAAGAACGGAUCAUAGGAUUUCGACUCAUAGAGCUUAUUCAAACCAAGAACAGAUCACACCAUCACCAUCAGCUAUAACUGAUCUGAGUCCAAGAGCAUGUAGUGGUCAUUUUGAGGAAUACUCCUUGGGUACAGCACAAAGCAGCCCUCAGUACUGCUCUGCUAUAUCGAAACCUGACCCUUCAAAAGGUGCAUUUUCUUAUGCACGAUCAGAAUAUGGAGAUUCAUUGUAUAACGAGUAUCCAUUCUAUCCAAGUUACAUGGCCAAUACAGAAUCUUCAAGGGCUAAAGUGCGAUCACAUAGCGCACCCAAGCAACGGCCUGAAUCAUUUGAGAGACAACCAAGCAGGCGUAGGCCAUCAAUUGAAGGAAGAAAUGUACCAAGGGCUGUCAGAAUGCAGAGAUCAUCGUCACAUGUUGGUUCUGCUGCUCAGAAUUAUCAAUAUCCUUGGUCAAUAAAGCUUGACAGAUCAUCUAUUUCCCUCAAAGACAGCGAGUGUGGAUCCACCAGUACGAUGCUGACUAACACCAAUUACUGCAGAUCUCUGGUUGGACUUGAGGUAAGCAGGACAAUCCCAUUUGGCAAUCACAUCUGAACUAUCGGUUCAAGGAAGUAGGUACUAAUUAAUUGGAUACCUUUAUGGUGGGAACCUGCCUAUGGUAGGAAUGGUGGCAGGGAGCGACACGUGUUGGGGGCAAAACGGUCCAAACGGAGACGUUACAGUGAUGGUGAGCGCGUGGAGAGGAAAUGAAGCAGACAGCGUGCGGAAUGAAGCAAACAAAGCACACAGAGUUCCGUACUAUCGUCCUGGGUUGGGACAAGAUGUCUUAUUACAGGUUAGAAUGAGAGGCAUUUAUUGUAUUUGCAAAUGUACCCUUUACUGCAGCAAAAAUGCUGCAAAUGCCUUGGACAAAAAAUGUGCGUAAAGAAGGUUCAGAAAUUUGAAGAAAGAAAGAAUGAUUAGCGCACAGCAGUUAUGAAAAAAAACUUAUGCGAAGCAGUUUUUUUUUGUUAUUUGAAAUAACAGAAAAGUGUUGUAUUCAUGAUUAAAA